ACCUGGGUGAAUCAUUCUACAUAGUUCCAGGGGUGGGUGGAGAGUGGGAAAAGGUACUGCAAUGUUAAUUUUUAAUUUCUUUCUUGCCUUUUAUUUCUUCUGUGUCGUAUGCUGCCAGACAGCUGGUGUUUACUGCUCCCCCCAAACUUCUUCAUUCCCCAAAAGCCAAGUUAUCAGCACUUCCCACUGCCUUCCCUCACAAAUACUUAGAUAUUUCCUGAUCUGUAACCUUUCCCCCUUAGAAUUGUUUCUAAGCCCAAUAACCAAAUUAUAAGUCAGAUAUGAUUCACAGAGUAGCCAAAGGGAAUGUUUAUUGCACACCUACCCUGUCUGGCAUUGUGCAACACACUUGUUUUAUAUACAUAAGAAAUAGAUAAAUAUAUGGUUCAACCUUUAUAUAGUUAAUAUGGCUUACACAGUUCAACCUUUAACGACACUUUGGGAAUGGACACAGUUGUACAACUUCCCCAGUGUAGGGUCAGAACCCAGGAUUCCUCACCCACUAAGUCCAAGAUGCUCUCCAUCAUGUCCACUGCCUUUGGCUAGUUUCUGUUUAGAAGACAUGGUCCUUUCUUUACAAAGGCUUGAUUCUGUGAUUUAUUGGCUGUCCCAGGACACAUCCAUCCCAACUGUCUCCUUUUCCUACCCUGAACAAGGAAGGCAGUUUCUUCAAUCUUCAAAAAACGGGAAACCAGUCCUUCACUGGAGGAGGUGGGCGGCACGGGGAUGGGUGAUAAUCCCAGGCUCGUCUCCAUAAAGCCAGGUCUCAGGGAGGCUGUUUUGGCUCCGCCCCGGUAAAGUGGGGGCAGCGCCCCAUGAUAACUGGCACAUCGUGGCUUCCUCAGGCAUCUGGACCUUUAAAAAGAUCGAGCUGGGUCACUGUAUCAGAAAAGCCUUUCUCCUCUCUUCAGCUCUAGGGUGCAGCCACGGUCCAAAACGGAAAACAACUGCAGGGCAACCGGCACAAUCAACGUCAAUCUGGCCCGGCACUACGGACACAGUCGCACUAGCCAAUGAACACCUGCCACGUCACAGACCCCCACCCUUCAGCCUACGGCGGCCUCCGACACGCGUCUCUGACCCGGAGCUAAAAGGCCUGCGCGGCGCUGUAUUCUGGCGUCACUUCCACUACAGCGAUGGCGGCUCAGGGGGCAGCUGCUGCGGUUGCGGCGGCGACUUCAGGGGUCGCGGGGGAGGGCGAGCCCGGGCCCGGGGAGAACGCGGCGGUCGAGGGGACCGCCCCGUCCCCGGGCCGCGUCUCUCCGCCGACCCCGGCGCGCGGCGAGCCGGAAGUCACCGUGGAGAUCGGAGAAACGUACCUGUGCCGGCGGCCGGACAGCACCUGGCAUUCUGCUGAAGUGAUCCAGUCUCGAGUGAACGAUCAGGAGGGCCGAGAGGAAUUCUAUGUACACUAUGUAGGCUUUAACCGGCGACUGGACGAAUGGGUAGACAAGAACCGGCUGGCGCUGACCAAGACAGUGAAGGAUGCCGUGCAGAAGAACUCCGAGAAGUACCUGAGUGAGCUGGCUGAGCAGCCUGAGCGCAAGAUCACUCGCAACCAAAAGCGCAAGCACGAUGAGAUCAACCACGUGCAGAAGACCUAUGCAGAGAUGGACCCCACAACAGCAGCCUUGGAGAAGGAACAUGAGGCGAUCACCAAGGUGAAGUACGUGGACAAGAUCCACAUCGGGAACUAUGAAAUCGAUGCCUGGUACUUCUCCCCAUUCCCUGAAGACUAUGGGAAACAGCCCAAGCUCUGGCUCUGCGAGUACUGCCUCAAGUACAUGAAAUUCGAGAAGAGCUACCGCUUCCACUUGGGCCAGUGCCAGUGGCGGCAGCCCCCGGGGAAGGAGAUCUAUCGCAAGAGCAACAUCUCUGUGUACGAGGUGGACGGCAAAGACCACAAGAUUUACUGUCAGAACCUGUGUCUGCUGGCCAAGCUUUUCCUGGACCACAAGACAUUGUACUUCGACGUGGAGCCGUUCGUCUUUUACAUCUUGACCGAAGUGGACAGGCAGGGGGCCCACAUUGUCGGCUACUUCUCAAAGGAGAAGGAAUCACCGGAUGGGAACAACGUGGCCUGCAUCCUGACCCUGCCUCCCUACCAGCGCCGCGGCUAUGGAAAGUUCCUCAUUGCUUUCAGUUAUGAGCUUUCCAAGCUGGAGAGCACGGUAGGCUCCCCUGAGAAGCCGCUGUCUGACCUGGGCAAGCUCAGCUACCGCAGCUACUGGUCCUGGGUCCUGCUGGAGAUCCUGCGAGACUUCCGGGGCACGCUGUCCAUCAAGGACCUUAGCCAGAUGACGAGCAUCACCCAGAACGACAUCAUCAGCACCCUGCAGUCCCUCAACAUGGUCAAGUACUGGAAGGGCCAGCAUGUGAUCUGUGUCACACCCAAGCUGGUGGAGGAGCACCUCAAGAGCGCCCAGUAUAAGAAACCACCCAUAACAGGUGGGGGGCUGCCUGCCCAGGGUGUGUGUGUGUGUGUGAGUGUGUGUGUGUGUGAGUGUGUGUGUGUGUAUGUUGGGGGGUAGACCUAAGGACUGCUGUGAGCCAAGGCCUGUGUUUUGCUGUCACUUGAUCCCAAACCCGUCUGACCAGCUCCCAGGACUGAAGCCUGGGGCAGGCCACUCAUCCCUAGGCUUCCCAGUGCACCCCCCCCCCCCACCCCCUCACCCCCAGGACUCAGUCUGCCCUUGUUCUCACCUCGAGGUGAAACCUGGCCCGGGCCCAGGGCAGAGCAGCCAGUGUGAGCGGCCGGGCCUGGAAGCCCAGUGCCGCCUCUCAUGCCUCUUCUCCCCGCAGUGGACUCUGUGUGCCUCAAGUGGGCACCCCCCAAGCACAAGCAAGUCAAACUCUCCAAGAAAUGAGUGGCCUGUGCCCCUGCCGCUGGACCCGUGCCUCCUUGCCCCCUAGCCUGUAAAUAUGUACAGACCUGUUUCGCCAUUUUUUUUAAUAAAGUAAGUUCUGCUGGUGGC